AGUUAAGAACCAUAUCGUACUCUGCAGGGUUGAAGAAAUGGUGGACUUCUCUGGAAAAUGCCACCAUUGAUGACUUUUGUGUAUAUACGUAUGCCCAUAGUGCCAGAAGGAAGCAAUGUCUAGAUUACCACGAAACUGAUACUGAUACUGUCUCAUGAAAUAUAAAUCAGACGUGACUCAAGAACUGAUGGUACAGGUGUGUCAUGUUACAAUCACUCACAUAUCAAGGUGAGAGGAAGCAGAUAGAGGAAGCACUCAAAGGAGACACAAAGCUGAAAGUAACAAAAUUUUGUGUUCUGUCAAUAUGGAUUGAUACUUUGAAGGAAGAAAAUGCGAAUAGUCGCAUUUGGGGCUUUUAGGAGUGGGGCACUGACAGCAAUGUGACAGCACUAACACUGUCGGUCAUCAGGUGUUUUCUGCUCUUUCAUUAUCCUUAUGACCACUGCUGCAAUGAGCUAUGUAAAAUAUUGCAUGUAGGGCGUGGUGUUUCAGAAAGAUCGUGUGUUCUGAAUGGACAAUAAUAUUUAUGAACACGCAUGGAAGGUACACUGUACCAAGAAAGAGAAACCCUGGUGCACACAAAGAUAUAUAUACUGGAGGCCUCAUACUCAAUUAUAUCAGCUAAAAUUUAAGGAUCAGAUUAACUGUACCUUUUGUGCUUAUGAAAAAGAAACAAAAGUUUCAGCAUUUAGCAACUAAACACUCUGACUUAUUUACAUUGACAAAAAAAAAGUUGCCUGCAUUUAGGCAACAAGAGAAUAUGUUGGCUGCACUUAGAUGGCAAAGAAACGCAUAGACAGUAUAGAUCGUGCUGGCAGCAUUGAGAGAAUAAUCAAAUUGGUUGACUAAAAGUAGCAAAGUAACACUUCAACUGAAUGAGGACAGCUGUGAAACAUAUUGACUCCGUUUUAGACACUGAGAAAAACAAGUUGUUUGCGACCAGCCACCAGAGAAAGAGGCUUUCUGCAGUUGUUCUGGCUGUCACGGCAAGUGAUGAUUCAUACAGUAACAGUGAAACUGCUGUAAUUAUUUUGUGGCUUUAAUAUGGUCUUUUUGCAAUGUAUUGACUAGGUUGGAAAGAACCAAAGCAGUGUAUGAAAUACGAGGUUAGAGGUUAUCCAGAGAUGCCUUGUUAUCUUGUUGAUGAAAAGAGACAAGACAAAACUAUAGAUUGGUGCAUUUACAGUGUUAAAUAGAGAUGGUAUUCGUAUCAAUGUGAUUUUCUCAAAUAAUUUUUGUCUACAAAUUAGUCUUGCAGAAAAGCUAAGUAUAUCAGACAAUCAUAUUUUUGUACAUUUUUAAGACAGUUUACCUAAGCAUUCCAUUUUGUAUUCACCAUUCCAUAUUUGAUAAGUUUUCCACAUUAUAUAACAGUGUCUUCAGCGUUUAUAUAUAUAUUUGUAUGCUCCCAUUACUUAGCAAUGAUUCUUUAUAGGAAGAUGAUAGCUUUAACAUUCCAAACCAUGAGUUUGUACUGGUUAACUUGGUUAAGUAUUGUGUUUAUAACAACACCAUUCACUGCUGUUGGAGGCAGUAACUUCACCUCAACUGAGAACACUAACUUAACUGUAACUUCGUUGGCUUCACCAUCAGUUAAUGAGUCUUAUUCUUCUUCGCUGACAACUGCGCCUCUGGAAAGUGUGACUAACACUACCAUGGCAACAACAAGUACUGAUAACAGUAAACAGACCAGUCAACAAAUGCCAACAACAACAACAACAACAAUGGCUAACAGUACUGCCACAACUGCUUCAACUCCGAGUGAGAAUGCUGUGAAUCAGACUGUAACCAUGGCAACAGAGUUGUCAACAACAACUACAGGAAAGACAGCUGUCACCACCACCUCGUCUACCAUACCUAUCACAAGGGAAGCUGCAGGCAUCAGCACAACUCAAGGAAACGUGGCAGUAGUGACCGUGAAUAAUUUGACAGCAACAACUAAUUCCACAGACACUUCUUUAUUAAGUACAACUGUUUCAUAUUCCAUAACAACAGCAACUACAAAAACAACUGUGUUGUCACCAAAAAGUUCAACAGUAACAUUGCCUACAGAAACUUCUACUUUAAAUACAACAACAACAAUAACAACAACAACUUUGCCACCAACUUCAUCUUCAGGUGCGACAACAACAGCAAUACCUAUAACUGUGCCUGUGACACCCACAGAUAUUACAACCCCAACAACUAAUAUAACUACAGGUACUCCUACCAGUACCUCUUCUUCACCUACAACAUCUUCAUCUUCAUCUUCAAGUUCUACAGUAAUGACAACAUUGUCAUUAACAACAAUUUCAGAUACAAAUAUUACUAGGCCUUCAACAACAGUGACAUCACCUAUAACUACAAUAACAACAACAGCACCUACAACUAUGACAGCAACAACAGCACCACCUAUUACUACAACAGCAACAUUACCUACAACUAUGACACUAACAACAACAACAUUACCUACAACUAUGACUAGUUCAUCCACAACAACAACAUCAUCAUCAACUUCCUCUACAACGACAGUAUCAUCAACAACCAGUACACCAGGAUCAACAACCAGUACCCCAGGGUCAACAGCCAGUACCCAGGGGUCAUCUACCCAGUCUUCCAGUACUCCAAUACUCACCACCAGUCUCCCAGUUAGUAGCACAGAGAGUAAUGCCACCAUAGUCAAAGCACAGACAGGCUUGUCCCCAGAGAUGACAGCAGUUGUGAUAUCAGUCCCUGUGGUGGUAGUAUUGAUAGGAGUGGUAACGGCAGGUGUCCUGUACAUAAUUUGCUGUAGGAGGCGGAGAUAUCGAGAUCCAAUACAUAAACCUGGCAGACAUUUUGGGAGAGAAUUAUCUAAAGAAGUCAUUUCCAGCCCCUUGGAUGCAGAAGAAGGAACUUCUGAAGUAGUCAAUCAAUAUGAAGUGGUUUACCCGUAUAAAUCCCAGGCAGAGGAUCAGAUCUCCCUGUGUUCAGGAGACCUUAUUGAUGUGCUGGAACGGGAUGACAGUGGCUGGUGGCUGGGGAAACUGGGAAACAAGAAGGGAUGGUUUCCUGGCAAUUAUGUGGAAGUGGUGAAAGGAAACAGAGGUAAAAGAAGGCGUUUGUUAUGGAUUUUCAUCUUAUUUAACUAUUGUUUUAUUUUCUAUUCUAUAACCACAGGCAUUUCUAACUAUGGUUAUACUGAGAAUACAGCAGAAACCUUUGGGAAGAAGAAAACCAAACAGGAGACAGAACAACCACAUAAUGAGUAUGUUAAUGAUAACACCAUAUUCCUAGAGAGGGAAAAGUAUUACAAAGUCCUCCACCCGUACCAUGCGGCAGAGUUUGGAGAGCUGGAGCUGUCAGAAGGGGAUGUGAUAGUGGUGAAGGCAGUAGAUCACCAGCAGGACUGGAUGUGGGGGACACUGGACGUCUCUGGAGAGGAGGGCUGGUUCCCGUCCAGUUACGUCCAAGAGGUUGGAGGGGAUGACCAGUCUGUUGAGGCGGAGGUUAUGGAACCUCUGUAUUCCAAAGCAUAUGAACAUCUAAAGAGGAAUCAACAACGUGAUCAUGGUGCAGAGGACAUCAUUGGGAUUGAGCAUCAGGCCCUGUAUGCAUACCACUCUGAGCUGCCAGGUGACCUCAGCUUUAACACAGGUGACCUUAUUGUUGUCACGGAGAUCAUGGAAAAUGGAUGGUGGUUUGGUCUCCAUGGCAAAAAGCAGGGCUGGUUUCCAGGUUCCUACCUAGAGAUCAUUGACCAAGACCAGGAUGUUCCUAAAAGCACUGAUUACCAGUAUGUCCAACUCAGUGUUGGCAGAGGAGACAUUGACCAGACAACUGACCAAAUCAAUGACCAAAGGGUUUCUGCUGCAUCAUACAUCGAAUUUAUAUCAUCUGAUUUUCCACCACCACCUACCUUGGCUUCAGAUACAACAACAUCAUCAGGUGUGGCAGGAAGUGUUACCCUAGCACCCAUUGUAGAAUUAUCAAAGAGCAGUACGCUAAAGAGGAAGCCUAAACGGCCAGCACCACCUGCUCCAAAAGCUGCAAAGAAGUCUUCUCCAAAGUCACCUGACGCAAAUGUAGAGUUAAAAACAUUUUCCCCAAGCAAUGCAGUGGUUAAGAAAAAACCCAAUGUGCCGAAAAUUGAUUUCCCCAAAAAACCUGACCAGUCGAUAGAAAUGGCAGAUUUGCCAAGCCCAGAGAGUGCUACCAGCAAGAAGAGUUUUGAGAUAUCAGGCCCACAGUUGAUAAGCAGCACAGCAGACCUAGAGGCUCAUAGAAUUAAAACUAUAAUAAGGAAGAGACAAGAGAAGCCUGCUGUCCCCACAAGAUGGGUGAUACCUCGUCUUGUGAAAAUUCCCACAAAGAGGGUACGGAAGGAUGCAACUGAAGUGUCCAGACCAGUUCACCGCGCUCCACCACCUAGACCGCAACCCCCUGAUCCAGAGAAAAUAAAACAAACUGUUACAGGACAAACAUUACAUCUCCCUCAAACAACUGAUAUAGGGGGGUUUGACAAUAAGCAUGAACCAAAAACCCAGCAAGUGGAGACGAAACAAGACAGUACAGAACAUCCCCCUGUCUUAUUGGGAAUUGAUUCAGGUAGUAAACCAGGAGUUGGCAUAGGCAGCAAACCAGAUCUUCCAAAGAAACCAAUAGCUGCCAUUAAGCCUGUACGCAAGAACAACGAUGGAGAAUCUCACAUGUCAGAAUUAGAGUCUAUCCUAGCUAGAAGGAAGAGACCAGAGGCGAGUUCAGUCCCUCAGGAUGCUGCUGCAGCUUCUCCCGUAGUUGCUUCUGUUGAAGGUAACAGCUCUAAGCCUGCAGUUCCUAAACUUAAGCCAUCUCUGCCUGUUAAACCUAAUUUAAAACUGAGAUCCACAUCAGACAAAGUUGAUGGUAGAGAUUCUGAGGAUGGGGAGCAAGCUUCCAAUGGUGCACCAUUAAAUCAGACACCAGAAAGAACCGUACCUCAGCCGAAACCACGGUCAAAAAUAGGUCAAGGUCAAGGCCAGGAGAGUGGAACACCUUUUAAACCAAAACCAAGAACCACUGUGGGACAAGGUCAUGUUACAAUCCCUAAACUCAGCAAAAGAAGCCAAUCUGAAAGUGACACGUUAUCGGGUUACAGCACCACCCCAGAUAGAGGUGACAAAAAGGCAGGGCAGAGACCCCCGCGACCUGGACAGAGACCAAGGACCCGGUCAGUAGAUGGCGCCAUCGAUGUCCCCAGUAAGGUGGAGUCGGCGGUUUUUCCUCCCCUGCAGGUGGGCGCCAGUGCUAUCAGACAGAGGCCCAAUAGGCCCCCACCCCCACGCCUGACUAAGAUAUGGAAUAAAGAAGAGAGUGAAGAUUGAAUGAUUGCCCCACCAGGACACUCUGUAUGUGGAAAUUCCGGAAGUUUUGUUGUUCCAAGUCAUUGAACAUUAUUAAAGGUUGAAGCACUGGCCCAGAUAAGUGGCUAUUGCAUGCAGAUAGUAGUAUAGCACAUGCUAUAGUUAUAAUGCUAACAGGAGAGUUAUGUUUUAUGAUUGUGAUUGUGCAAACAUAUGUCUUAAGCACACGACAAAAUUGUCAGAUGUUUUGUAACAAAUUAAUUACACCUUUUAAAGUCAUGGCCUUGGAAGCAAAAAAUGUCAUUAAAGAGAUUUCCAUUCCAUUUUUUAUCUCAACCCGUAAUUGUUAAUUCACCUUUUUCAGUCACCCUAAUCAUUGUAUCCAAAAGCAUUUUCUUUUCACAUUUGUGAUCCCAAUAAUAAUUCAUUGCCAUCUGUUGCUGUUACUGUACAUGCUUCCAUGUGUGAGUUUAGAUUUUUAGGGAGUUUUUUUACAACAAAUAGAAUCUUAUAUUUUAAGCAUUACUUAUAUAAGUCAUACAGUGAAUAUCAAGUACCAGAAAGUUGCUUCAUUUUGAAAUAAUCAAAACACAAACAACUCUUCCUCUUUUGCCUUUAGCUUUAAAGCAGUUAUAAUUUAUUUUUUAUAAUUUUCGAAGGGGGUAUCAGGAGAGGCAAGUUGGAAAUUGUUAACUUCAUAUAAAGGUUUGAAUAUAACUGUUGUAUAAAAUAUACAAAACUUACAAAUGUUGUGCCUUUAUAUAUUGAUAUGAUUUAUGUAUAACCAAGAGACUUUAUAUUAUUGAUCAUAGUAAUGGAAUGCACAGAGAUGUACCUUUAAGUGCAAUUGUUAUCAUGGGUAAAAUGGAAAGUUUAUUUAGAGCUUUGUUUUAUAUGUCAGGUGAUCAUGGACUUGGCUGACAAAUACUUACAUUAUAUUGAUAUCAAUUUAUUUUCUGCUAAUUGAUAAUUGUUAUGCAUAUUAGAUAAGUGAUAUAAAUAAUACAUUAGGUUUUGAAUAUUUUUUGCUAUUUGUAAAAAGUUUACUUUGUUAAUGAUAUUUUUCAAGAAAUGUAAGUGUAUGAUGAAGUAUGGGGUCAUAAUAUUUUUAGUUAUUGUUUGCUGCGCAGCAUGAUAACCUGCAUAGGCAACCAACACUGAAAGGGAAUGAAAAAGACAAUCAAACGAUUACAUGCUGUGGAACAGUAUAGCAUUUGAAAAUUUCAGACUUCCUAAACCUAGAAAAUAGCUACAGGUUGGCUGAAAAAUGACCUUAAAGAAAAAUGGAUAAGUGUGUGAAGCAAGACAUGCUGUUUAUGUCACCAGUGUAGUCUCUUGAUGGAAGCUGCGCAAAGUUGACAUUUUGAUGGAUGAGACAUGAGUUUUUAUUAUUUAGGAGUACGGUGCACCUGUGCAAUAUUUUGUAUACUUUGUAUAUGUUUAUAUUCAUUUUUUUAUUGGUUGUGAGAUAUAGUUAACUUUAUCAUUUUGUAUUAAAUGUAUUCUUCACAAUUCGCACAAAAGUUUGCAUAAACUUUCUCGAACUUUA